AUGUCCGAAGGGCCCAGUGAGAGCCCUGCGCAGGUAAAUCUGGACAGCCCGAGCCCCGUGUUCGAGGUCUACCAGCCCGAGUGGUCCAUCAUCCGCAUCGAGAAGGAUGUGAAGCUGGACAUCAAGGCCUGCGCCUCGCAGGCGGCGGCGUUUGCUGUUCUGAGAGGCCGGCGCAAAGAUGUAGGUACAGAUGAGCCUCUUCUGGAGUUGGAUCGUUUUCCGGGAGGUGAUGACUUGCUGAGGGACAUCGUCAGAUACAUGCAGGCAAAUGCAGCAGAGGAAAGAGCCGCUGCGGCUGCGGCGGGUCAGCUAGGCGUGCCAGCUGGCGUGCUGAAGGCGCGCAAGAAAUCACGGAGGGUGCAGCGCUGUGGCAGCAGCUGGUGGGUUCCGGUUUCAGGGUGCAAUCUCAGCCCCUUGCGAGCUUUCUCGCUGGGGUCUUUGACGCGACUGGGCGACGCGACUUUCUCGCGGCGGAAACGGCCAUGGGGCGUCUUCCGAAAGCGGAGCAAAGGGGCGGCGGAUGAGGGAGAUUUCUACGCAAUCCUGGGUGUGCAGAAGUUUGCCUCGGCCGCAGAAUUGCGCAGCGCAUAUCGCCGCCAAGCCUUACGAACGCAUCCCGACAAGGGCGGCUCUGCCGAAGCUUUUCGACAAGUUCUGCAUGCCUUUGAAGUGCUUUCAAGCACUCGCGCUCGCGCCAAGUACGACAAGCAGCGAGGCGAGCGCGGCGAAGCUAACGCCAAGCCGAGGGCAGCUUUCCCCAAGCGGCCACGGAAGAGGCGAGCACCGCGGAAGGAGAAGGUGGCCAAGUUCUCGAAGAUGACAAAGUCGAUGAUGCGACUGAGGAAGCUGGCGGCGCGCAUGCCGCCGGAGCAGCGGUGGAAGGCUCUGGAGGCCUUGUCGGCUCAGCUCAGGGCGCGGCUCCUGGAGUUCAUGACCACCUACGGCAAGCAGGGAGUCCCGCCGAGUCAGAGCCAGGAGGCUCAGGAGGCGCAGGAGGCUCAGGAGGCUCAGGAGUCACAUGCGGCGGAAAACUUCACGGAAGAGUCCAGCGAUUCUGAAGUUCUUGCUUUGGAGGAGGAAGCAGAAGUCGUAGACGUGGAAGCCACACACCUCACAGAUGCGGAAGAUGUUGAAGAUGAGCCGGAGGAUGUGGCAACAGAUGCGAAGGCAAUUGCAAACAAGCGCAGGAAGCGAUCCUACGGUUGCACUGGCCUCAAGGGCGUGAGUCGGCGGAUCGACACCAAGACGCGGAAUGUGUCAUACCAGGCUUCGGUGUGCUUUGACAACCUGACCUUCAGAUCGAAGUAUUGCCCCGAUGUCCAGACCGCCGUGGACUAUCACAUUACUCUGAUGCAGAUCCGCAACGAGGUUGAGAGCAUGAUGGAGGAGCAGCCGAGCUCCGAUUUUUCCAACUUCCACGAGGCCUGUCGUGCUGCUUGCGAAGCGCGCUCACCGGAGCUCAGGGACAUGAACGUCUCUUUCUAUGUGGACAUGAGGGCCUUGGGUGCCAAGAUCAGCUCCCCCAGCACCUGCUGCCUGCUGGAGGCCUUAGAAGACCGGAAGCGCCUGCUGAGCGCGCGGCAAGCGGGGGACCAGCACUUCACCGAUGAGCUUCUGCGAGUGCUCACAGCUCAGAGGGAGAAUGUCUACAAGCAGCGCCAGCAAUGCCUGGAGAAGGCGGAGCGGUUCACGCGGCGGCUGCUGGAGGAGGUGCGGGCCAGACGCAAGGCGCAAGAGCAGCGCAAGGUGGGGAUCAAGGAGCGACGGCUGCGCCUGGCCGAGCAGACGCGGCAGCGGCGCCAGCGGCGCCAGCAGCGGCGCCAGAGCUCGCUGACGAAUCUCUGGCAGGUGGCCGCGCAGGUGGCGGAGCGGCGGCUGAGCCGCUGGCUCCGCAGGCGGCGCUGGCAAGUCGAGCGGGAGCUGAAAGCCAUGCGCGCGGAGGACCUGCGGAGUCGGCGCGUGCAGAGUUUGGCGCACCGCAGCACGGCCUUGGCGCAGAAACGGGAGCGCCAGAAGCGGCAGGCGCUGAGCAGCACAAAGCGGCUGCGGCAUCUCACCUUUGCGGAGCAGCAGGCACUCGGUGCUGGACUGCGACAGGAAAAGAAGAAACGAACGUCAGCGCUCCGGCGCGGUUGA